AAGAUAGCUACUUCUAGUCAAGAUCUUUAUGAUAUUGAUACUAAUAUAAUCAAUUAUAUUAAUGUAUUGGACAGUACAUAUUUAGAUCCAGAUCAAGAAUAUGAAUUACUUGAUAAUAAGAGUAGUUAUAGCUUUACGAAUCACUUUUGGAAAAUACCUGGAACACCUUAUACAGAUAGUA